AUGAAACUCAAUAUCCUCAGUACCACCGUCAAUGACAUCUUUCUCAGUCCUCAGGUUCGAUCCGAGAACGAGACGCCCGAAGACAAUGAGCCUGCUAUCGUCCAGGUCAUCAUCCAGCUCAGCAUUCCACCCAAAUCGACUCCACCAUCCAAGCUUCUCAGCCUCACUGCUAGUCUGAUUGGCUAUGAAUCCAUCGGGUUUCCCAAAGGCGGCUUCGAACAGAACCAGCCUUACUAUAACAAAAAGACGAUCGAAUCGGCCACCGAUCUCAAACUCGAAGCCGGUUCCAUCUACCAAUUUGAAGUCUCUUUCAGCGUCGACCACAGCACGGCGCCGUAUCAGAGGUGCAAGUACGGUCGUCAUCAUCAGAAAGUGCAGGUAAAAGCUACUUUCCCAGGUCUGAUAGGCAAAAAGACGAUCGUCGCCGAAAAGAACCUUUUCUUCAUUCAAACCGUCGCAAGCACCGGCUUCCUGCCCUACUAUCACGUGCAUCGGUCGGCAGAAGAGGCACUGGGUCCCAUUUUCCUGGGUUUACGAACACAGCAUUUGACUGUGGGUGGUUAUCUGCGCAUCACAUUCUCACUAGACAGUCCCAGCCCAACGUUGCAACUGCAUUCGCUCAAGUUGGCCUUACUGCAGCAAACAACGCUCAAGUCACGAGUUCGACGUAAUUACAGAGAAAUUCCUCCCUCGGAACGCUUUGUGUUCUUCGAAGCGGGGCCCGAGGAGUUGAGCAAGUGCCUUCAAGGCAAUGAUGGCCAAGAGAAUCUGGAUGGGCUUCUUGCAAUUGCCCAAGAGCAACAUCAGAUCCAGCGACAGGGUCGAGCGGAUGACGCAGCUGGCGUUUCUGCUCCGAAUACAACGGCAAGCGCAGGCUUGACACUCGGACAAUGCAAUUGGGUGGCACGUAUACCCAACGAUGCCGAGGCUCGAGCUUCGACCUUGCCAGGCAGCGACUGUGCGAUCCAGAUGGCGCAUGCUCUCGAGCUGUCGAUCCAAUACUCUGAUCCUUCCUUUGGCGAUUCGGAUGUGCGAACCUAUCGUGCAUCGUGGGGUCUCAUCUUGCCGUCCUGCGCAUGUCGAUGGCAGACGAUGCGACUUCCUUCAUAUACGCCCGAGGAUGCCAAUCCUGUGCCCAAAGUCUCGCGCGACUUCUGGGCUGGACGAAAUGAGCACGAGUCGUUCACCCAAUGCGUCUGUGGCGAAGACCUCGAACAUCUUCUCGAGAUGGAGCAGCAAGCGGCAUCCGAAAGUGAAGUGCAGGCCUCUUCUGCGCUCUGGCGCGACAUGCUGAGCCAUCGCCUACAGCAACGGCUUCUCCGAAACGGAGUUGGCGGACGUAGUGCAUCUUGUUCGCCGGCUCUUUCUCGCAUGGCAUCACGACGCGGCAGCAUGGAGGACGUCACUGCCUCCGGCAGCAAUGUCGCCAGUGAGUCGACGACGUCUGACCAGUGCGAAAGAGGACGUCAGGUUCGCGGUGCUACACUGCCAUUCCCUGUCUCGCGCGCCAACUCGGGGACUGGGACUGCCGAGGACGGAGUGCGAUUCGGGCUGAUCGAGGCUGAGGACGAGCUGGAAUUUGAAAUGCAAGCGCGCGAAGUGUUACACGAGAUGCAGCUGGACGAACGCGAUUACCAGAGAGAGUGGGACAGGUUGAACGAGAUGCGGCAGCGGAGGAACAAGGCGCGAAACGAGUAUAUCUCGGUCUCGCCGAGUGCCAGAGAGAGUGAAGAGAGAAGAUGCCGAUCGCAAUCGGCACAUCCCGCACUACGAUUCUUCCAAAAGAGAUCAGCUAGCAGCAAUAACAGCCGGAGCAACAGCAGGGCGCCUAGCCCUCCCAUGCCCCCUGAAACGCUGGCUGAGGCGGUGGGCGAAAUGGGGCUGGAUGAGAGACAGUGA